GUUCGGUCCAUUAUCGCUCGCAGCGUUUGUAUAUGGGUAUGUUUCUGGUUGGCUUAUUUUUGGCGAACUUUACAUCACCCUGGACGUUGUUUUAAGUUUCCCAUGGUCAUAUGGCACAUAUUGGGCACGACAUCAAGCCAUCCAGGGACGACUUAUAAAACCGGUUUUCGGAAGGCAAUUUCAUAAUCUGCACAAUUUUAUAAAUUGGUCCAGUGUGCUGUAGUGCAGUUAUUCGAGAUUGAAAACGAUACAAGAUGCAGUCAAGUUCCGUGCUUUACCUUGGGCUGGUAGCCGUGCUCCUUUGCAGUGCACUUACUGAAGCAAGAUAUGCAGGAGAAAGAUCCGCGUUAACAGAUUUACUAUUGGCAAGACUCAUGGCCAGUGAGAAAAGAGAUCUUCCCUCCCCGCAGAGAGAUGUAGAGGAUUCAGAUUUGUUGAAACUACUAUCUGAUACGCUUGAAAAGAGGAUCAGCUGUACCAAUCAGUGUGAAGACGAAAUGGCAAAUGAAGAUAAUGCAUACAAUGGAGACUUUGACAAGUGUUAUAAAGAAAAUUGUGAAAAAUAAUAACUCGGACAUGAAUUGUCGAUUUUCUCGAUUUUCAAUAUUGGCAAUAAUAAGAAUUGAACUUUAAAUGCGCUAAAUAUCUUAUAAAUACGAAAGAUUUUUCUCUAUUUUGAAGUGAUUAAAAAUAUAGAUUGAUUAAAGCACAAAUAAAA